AUGUCUCGUCAGUCCGUGUGCUUUGGGGUCGGAGGCAGGAAAGGGUUCAGCUCCUGCUCCGCCGUCGGAGGAGGAUUUGGGGGUGGCGGCGGCGGCCGGAGCAGGAUCAGCUACAGCUCCUACUCCUCGUCGCGGGGAGGAGGAGGAGGAGGAGGAGGAGGGUGCGGGGGCUUCAGCAGCAGGAGCCUGCACGGCGUGGGGGGCAGCAGGAGGGUGGCCAUGGGGGGCUGUUACGGGGGCGGCUACGGCGGCAGGAUGGGCGGCUUCGGCGGCGGGAUGAGCUGUGGAGGGAUGGGAAUGGGAAUGGGGGGCUUUGGUGGCGGCGUGGGCGGCGCUGGAGGGAUGGGGGGCUUUGGUGGCGGGAUGGGAGGAGGGGGAAUGGGCGGCUUUGGCGGCCCCGGGUUCCCCGGCCCCGGGAUCCAGCCCGUGCAAGUCGACCCCAGCCUGCUCCGGCCCGUCCACGUGGAGAUCGACCCCCAGAUCCAGCAGGUGAAAACCCACGAGAAGGAGCAGAUCAAGACCCUGAACAACCAGUUCGCCUCCUUCAUCGACAAGGUCCGGUUCCUGGAGCAGCAGAACAAGGUCCUCUCCACCAAGUGGGAGCUGCUGCAGCAGCAGGGGCCGGUGGGGCCGAGGAAGAACCUGGAUGCGAUCUUUGAGAACUACAUCCAGAACCUGAGGAGGCGGCUGGAGAACCUGCUGGGGCAGCGGGGGCAGCUGGAGUCGGAGCUGCAGAGCAUGCGGCAGUACGUGGAGGAGUACAAGAGCAAGUACGAGGAGGAGAUCAACCGGCGCACGGCGGCCGAGAACGAGUUCGUGGUGCUGAAGAAGGACGUGGACUGUGCCUACAUGACCAAGGUGGAGCUGGAGGCCAAGGUGGGAGCUCUGACGGACGAGAUCAACUUCCUGAGGUGCAUCUACGAGGAGGAGCUGGCCCAGAUGCAGACCAUCAGCCGGGACCUGUCCGUGGUGGUGUCCAUGGACAACAACCGGCACCUGGACCUGGACAGCAUCAUCGAGGAGGUGCGGCGCCAGUACGAGCAGAUCGCCCAGAGCAGCCGCGCCGAGGCCGAGGCCUGGUACCAGAGCAGGUACGAGGAGCUCCAGAACACCGCUGGGAAACAUGGGGACAACCUGCGGAACACCAAGAUCGAGAUCCAGGAGCUGUCCAGGAACGUGCAGAGGCUGCGGGCGGAGCUUGAGAACGUGAAGAAGCAGAACCAGCAACUCCAGUCGGCCAUUGCCGAGGCCGAGGAGAGGGGCGAGCUGGCCCUCAAGGACGCCCGCAGGAAGCUGGAGGAGCUGGAAUGUGCCCUGAGCAAGGACAAGGAGGAGCUGGCCCGGCUGCUGAAGGAGUACCAGGAGAUGCUGAACGUGAAGAUCGCGCUGGACGUGGAGAUCGCCAUGUACAGGAAGCUGCUGGAGGGGGAGGAGAACAGGCUCUGCAACGACAGCUCGUCCAACGUCAACGUGUCCGUGGUCGGCAGGAGCAGCAUCUCCGGAGGCAGAGGCGGCGGGAUGGGAGGAGGAUUCGGCGGCGGCAGCUGCGGGAUGGGGGGAGGAUUCGGCGGCGGCGGGAUGGGAGGAGGGAUGGCAGGAGGGAUGUGCGGCGGAGGAGGAGGAGGAAGCGGCUUCGGAGGCGGCAGCUGCGGGCUGGGCGGAGGGGUGUACGGCGGGGGCUUCUCCUCCGGCAGCGGGAGGAUUUGCGGCUCCGGCGGGGGCUCGUCCUCGGUGCGGAGAUGCGUCACCACCACCUCGGUGAAGUCCUCGGGGGUGCGGUUCUGA